GAAGAAGAAGAAGAAGAAGAAGAAGAAGAAGAAGAAGAAGAAGAAGAAGAACAAGAACAAGAACAAGAACAAGAAGAACAAGAACAAGAAGAACAAGAACAAGAACAAGAACAAGAACAAGAGCCUGUGUUCCGGGUGUCAAAGCUCAGAAACAUCCGAGAAAUUGGAGCCAAACCCCGGACUGAGAGCAGGUCGGAGAGGCGGGCAACCGGAGAGGCGGUGAGCCGGAUGGCGGCGGCCGUUUUUGCGGGAGGUCCAGCUCUCAUCAUGGAGAACGGUUCCACCACCAAGCUGGGCCUGCCACCGCUCACCCCCAACCAGCAGGAGGCGCUGCAGAAGGCCAAGAAGUACGCCAUGGAGCAGAGCAUCAAGAGCGUUCUGGUCAAACAGACUCUGGCUCAGCAGCAGCAGCAGCAGCUCAGCAGCCUGCAGAUGGCGUCUCUGACGAUGGGUUUAGGAGACGCUCUGUCUCCUCUGCAGUCGGUGGCGGCCCAGCGGCAGAGAGCUCUGGCCAUCAUGUGUCGGGUUUACGUGGGUUCCAUCUACUACGAGCUGGGAGAGGACACCAUCAGACAGGCCUUUGCCCCGUUUGGACCAAUCAAGAGCAUCGACAUGUCCUGGGACUCUGUGACCAUGAAACACAAGGGUUUUGCCUUCGUGGAGUACGAGAUGCCAGAAGCAGCUCAACUGGCUCUGGAGCAGAUGAACUCUGUGGUGCUGGGAGGAAGAAACAUCAAGGUGGGGAGGCCCAGCAACAUCGGCCAGGCUCAGCCCAUCAUCGACCAGCUGGCGGAGGAAGCUCGCGCCUUCAACAGGAUCUACGUGGCGUCGGUUCAUCCCGACCUCUCCGACGAUGACAUCAAGAGUGUCUUCGAGGCCUUCGGGAGGAUUAAGUCCUGCAUGCUGGCCCGAGAGCCGACCACUGGCAGGCACAAAGGCUACGGCUUCAUCGAGUACGAUAAGGCCCAGUCCUCCCAGGACGCCGUGGCCUCCAUGAACCUGUUUGACCUGGGGGGGCAGUACCUGCGGGUGGGGAAGGCCGUGACUCCGCCCAUGCCCCUCCUCACGCCGACCACCCCCGGAGGACUUCCUGCCGCCGCCGCCGUGGCUGCCGCCGCCGCCACCGCCAAGAUCACCGCUCAGGAAGUGGUGGGAGCGUCGGUGCUCGGAGCUCUGGCUGGACCGGCGCUCCUCUCUCAGCAGCUGGGAGGACUUCCUCAGGCUGUCAUGGCCGCCCAGGCUCCAGGUGUGAUCACAGGCGUUACCCUGGCCCGACCCGGCCUGCCUCAGGUGGGUUUGGUGAACCCGGUGCUGGCCGCUCCCCCGACGCCGGCGGCCUCCCUCGGCUCUGAGCUGAAGAGGAAGGACGAGGAGGAGCCUCAGGAGGUCCAGCAGGACGGCACCAUGGAACCGCUCAGCGAGCAGGAACACAUGAGCAUCAGCGGCAGCAGCGCCAGACACAUGGUGAUGAGGAAGCUGCUCCGCAAGCAGGAGUCCACCGUCAUGGUCCUGAGGAACAUGGUCGGACCCGAUGACAUCGACGAUGACCUAGAGGGUGAGGUCACCGAGGAGUGCGGGAAGUUCGGCCAGGUGAAGCGAGUCAUCAUCUACCAGGAGCGUCAAGGCGAGGAGGACGAUGCAGACGUCAUCGUUAAGAUCUUUGUGGAGUUUUUGGAGGCGUCCAAGAUGAACCAAGCCAUCCAGGCGCUGAACCAGCGCUGGUUUGGAGGACGGAAGGUGUCCGCUGAGGUCUAUGACCAGGAACGCUUCGACAGCAGCGACCUCUCAGCGUAGGACCUGAAACACCGAAGUGUAGCGUAGUGGCCUCUUUCUAACCCAGUUUUUUAUUGGUGUUUGUUUCUGGAGACGCUUCUUCUUCUUCAGUUGGUUCCUGGAAGGGAUUAACGAACCUGAUGGUCCUCAUGUUGGACUUGAUGGUCCACAUGUUGGACCUGCAGAUCUUCUCCUUCCUGCUCAGCAUGUUGCUGAUGGUUUCUGACAUCUGGAUAGAGGCAGGCAUAGUUUAAGCUACAGAUCCAGGGACAGAUCCAGAGACAGAUCACGGUUUGGGUUCCAGUAAGUAAGAAGUACGUCGUUUCAGUCAGAGAACCUUUGUUACCGUGGUAACAAUAGUGAAUGCUCUGAAACAGGACCAGCACCCUCCAGACCUCCUCACCAUGAUUCACUGUCCACUGCAGAAUCUUAUGGGCUGUUUCAGGGAACCUGAACCUUUGUUCUGAGGAAAGGUCCAAAUAGAGCCUCCUUCAGGUUGUUUAAUGGGGUUCCACCAGAACAUUCCCCCAUCGCUGUCCUUCAGCAUCCUGCUGUUAGUCGGACUGACCACAUGUAGACUCUGGGUGUCGGCCUGUCAUAAACAACCCCUGGUUCUGGUUCUGGUCUUUCUGUGUAGAGUCACCAUGUUCUCCCUGCUGGGUUCUCACCUGGUUCUCCAGCUUCCUCCCACAGUCCACAGACCUGCUGCAGUUAACUGAUGGUUCUAAACUGUCUCUAUGUCCCCCUGUGACAGAGCGUUACCUGUCCAGGUGAACCUAGACUCCGCCCCCUACAGAGGAUACAGGUGAGGGAUGAUGAUCACUAAAGCUUUUAAGGAUGUUCCACUCUGAGUAAAGACAAUCACUGUUCCUGUCCUUAGCUCCGCCCAGGAUGACUGUGAUUGGUUUAGAGACAGACUGUCAGACUGCUGUUAGCAUGAAUGACCUGCAGCUGGUUCCAUCCACUGUUAGCGCUGACGUGUGGGUUCUAGCAGGAAACUAACCAGGAGAAUUGUACAGAAGAACCAGAGCCACUCUAGAACCUGAUCCCACCCAGAACACAGCGUGGUACUUCAUUUUAAUGGGUGGAACGUUAUUAUUUCAUUAUUUAUUAUUAUUAUCAGUUUAUUGACAGUAGACCUGGUUUUGGUCCUUGUCCUGGUCCCGGUCCCAUUCCCGGUCCUGGUCCUGGUCCUGUAGAGACACUCCCAGCAGGUAGACCUGGUUCUGGGGCUCUGGUCUGAAAGCAGCCCCGUGGUGCGUUCAUGGACACUCUGAACUGGUGAGCAGGUUGGAGGCAGCUGUGGUCCAGAUGUUCAGGUUUUGUUUGCAGCUUCAACAUCUGGAUGUGUGGACCGACUGGUGUUCCUGAACGCACCACGAUGUGGUCCACACCAGGCCGGUUCCGUCUGGUUCCAGAGGGUUGGUGCGUUCAGGUGCUCCUCAAGGUUCUGAUGGAAACACUGAAACGUGAAUAAAACUGCUCUUUUGUACGA